UCGGUCUCUGUGUGUUGGUGUUGUGAUCUCUGGUUAAUAGUGAAAGUCAGUCUGAUAAGUUGUUGAUAAGGGCGUGAAAACUCAUCCAUUUCUUCCACUAAAAACCUUCCUGGAAAAUUCCUCACAAUGGCCCCAAUGAAGUUCUACUAUUUCCCAAUGAGUCCACCCUGUCGUGGAGCUCUCCUGACCAUUCGCAACUUAAAGUUGGACAUCGAGUUGAUUAAUGUUAACUUGCGCGAGAAGGAGCAACUCAAGGAGGAUUAUCUGAAAGUCAAUCCUGUUCAUUCGGUGCCCACAUUGGACGAUGAUGGCUUCAUCCUUUGGGAAUCCCGAGCUAUCUCUCAAUAUCUCGUUAGUGCAAAAGCUCCCGGAAGUCCCCUCUAUCCGGCUGAUCCCAAGAAGAGAGCUGUUGUGGAUGCUAGACUUUACCUCGAUGCUUACCUUCAGGCUUCUGCAAGGAUUAUCUUUUACUCCAUCCAUACUUUGGGCCAGAAAACCAUUUCACACGACAAAAAAAUCCGCUUUUAUCAACUCCUAGAGAGCAUGGAGACAAUCCUGGAGGGACAGGAAUAUGUUGCAGGGAAUGAGGUAACAUUGGCUGAUCUUGCUCUCCUAGCUUCGAUCUCCACGUUUAUUUACGCAGGAGUUCCCAUGAGCAAGUACAAGAACAUCCUGGCGUGGUACAAGCGAUGUGAAAACCUCCCAGGUUAUCAAGAGAAUGACCAAGUAGCCAAGGCCUAUGGAGACUUUCUGAAGAAUCUUCUAGGGAUCACUGGAACAUGGGAUGAUGUUCUGGAAUUUGCUAAAAAGCCAAAAAAAAAAGAAAGAUUCGCAAUGGCCCCAUUGAAGCUGUAUCAUUAUCCACUCAGCGCUCCAUCCCGUGGAGCUCUCCUGACCAUCCGAAAUCUCAAUCUUGACGUUGAGAUUGUCCAAGUUGACCUCAUGAAUAAAGCACAUUUGUCUCCAGAAUUCAUCAAAAUCAAUCCUCAGCACACUGUCCCAACUUUGGACGAUAAUGGAUUUACUUUGUGGGAAUCUCGUGCUAUUGCCACAUACUUGGUCAACUCGAAAGCUCCGGGGAGUCCUCUGUACCCCACUGAUCCCAAAACUAGGGCCAUUGUGGACUCUCGUUUGUAUUUUGAUGGCUCAAGUUUGUAUGCAAAAGCCAGAGACAUUGUUUUCCCAAUUUUCUUCAUGGGCGUGACAGAAGUUGAUGAAGCUAAGAAACAGGCCCUGUAUGAAGCUUUUGGUGUGAUGAAUACUUUGCUUGAAGGGCAGGAUUGGUUUGCAGCUGAUCAUCCAACUGUAGCUGAUUUGGCUCUUCUUUCUACCUUCUCAUCUUUUGUCCAUGCUGGAGCAAAUGCCAGCAAAUACUCCAAUUUGAUGGCCUGGUACAAACGCUGUGAGUCCUUGCCAGGAUUUGAUGAGAAUGAGGCUGGAGCUAAAGCUUUCGGGCAGGCAAUCAAGGGAAAGCUCGGUAUCACCGGCACAUGGGAUUAGUUUCAGCCUAAAUAUCUGGCUUAAAACCAAAGUGAAUUAAAUUCCGUCCAAUAUCC